CACGACUCUCCAUCCCUGUCAAAACCUUUGCAAAAUCUUAUUUUCCCUCUUUCUCUUCCACAAUGUCUUCCACCAUCUCAUCGACGCCAAAUCCUACUUCCUCCGGCAGCGCUUCCAAUCCACCUCUUACUUCCUUCAACGUGGGCUCUCAAUUCACAGUCUGAAUCACUAGCCCCAACUACUCCUCUUGGAAGUCCCAAUUCACAUCAUUGCUCUUUGGAUAUGAUAUCUUAUCCCACAUCGACGGCAUCUAGCGUUUCUCCGGCAGACAAGACGUUUGAAUCCUACAAGCACUGGAAUCGUCAAAACCGCCUCAUCUUUCAUGCCAUUCUGGCCUCCGUCGGCGAUACUCUCAUGCCCUAAAUUGAUGUUGCCCUCACCGCCAGCGAAGCCUAGAGCAAUCUGGAACGUCUGUAUGCCAACCGCUCCCACUCUCGCGCCAUGCUUCUCUGUGACCAACUUUUUGCUGCCUCCCAUGGCAAUCAAUUUGUUUCAGAAUACCUCUUGUCCAUCAAGGCGAGCGCCAGUGAGCUUGCUCUCAUCAGGGAUCCUGUCACGACAUGGAUCUUGUUAUUCACACCCUCCACGGAAUUGGUUCGAAUUUCAAGGAGAUUGUUGUUGCCCUCCGUGCUCGUGACACUCCACCCACCUUCGAUGAGCUCUAUGAUAAGCUAGCCAGCUAUGAUGAUUACCUACAGCGCUCUGCCGCCAUGUCUCACUCACCCCUCGCUCACUCCACUGCUCGACAGCCACGAGGCUCUCCUGGCGGCCACCAACGACAAUGCACCAACCCUCGUCCUGCCUCUAUUCUUGGCCCCAUGCCCAAGGGACCACGACCAACCUCAUCAUUUGCAACACCGUCGUCUUCCGGCCGACCCAUCUAUCAAUAUUGUCAGUGCAUGGGUCAUACAGCGAAGACGUGCUACCGAAUCCACCCGGAACUCCGUCCCAAUUAGCCGCAAGCCCAUGCUACGGCCAACACUCCCUCCUGGUUCCUUGACUCGGCAAACUCUCACCACGUCAUUGCCGACCCUGACACCAUCGCCAUUGGUGACGGAACAGGUUUGCCUAUAUCUCACACUCGUUCCAUGUCAUUAUCCUUCCCACCCGUAACUUUUCCCUUCAUAAUGUCCUUUGCUCACCAUCGAUAUCACAAAAUCUUAUUUCCGCCUCCAAUUUUUUUGCCUCUAACCAAGCUUCGUUUGAAUUAUUUCCUACCUCGUUUGUUGUCAAAUCACAGCCGUCCAAGACUCCUUUUCUUCGGGGGUGCGCUAAACAUUGCGUCUACGAAUUUCUCGGUUUCCCUCCCAAUAAAGUCAUCCCUCGUGC